CUCGAGUGAACAUUUCCGGUAGAUGAAAUUAGAUCUGCAGAGCAAAUACGUUUACUGAAUCUUUAUUCUUCUUUUUAAAGGCAACCUCUUCAAUUCAAGCAUUAUAAACAUAUUGACAUGGCCGAGCCACGCAGCCCGGUGUCUGCAGCACUUCCCCACAAUCCGAUCUCGAUGCCCACCCCCGAGGGCUCGACUCUAGAGAUGGACCCGAUGGAGUACACGCUCCGUAAGCGUCUGCCCCGCAAACUACCCAAACGACGGAACGAUGUCUAUAUCAAUAUGAAAACAGACUUCAAGGCCCAGCUGGCGAGGUGUCAAAAGCUUUUGGACGCCCAUAGGGAAAUAUGUAUACACGGUCUGGGACUUGCUAUAAACCGGGCCAUCAACAUAGCCCUCCAGCUUCAGACGUCCAGUCAGGGUGCGCUGGAGCUGUCGGCCAACACUUCCACCGUAGAGUUGAUCGACGAUCUAGAUCCAGAGGAUCCGGAUGAGGCGGGAGAGCCGCUUACACGCACCCGUAAUAACUCAGCCAUCCAUAUCAAAGUGUUUUAUCCAAGUUCAUAAACCCAGCAUAAUUUUCAACCAAAUACCUGGAACAACCAGUUCAUGAACAUUCUUUUAACGUUAAUGGCGUUUAUUAGUCUUGUUUAAUGCAUGUUGAUAUAAUUUAUGUUAUUGUUCAGAGGGCUUUUUAAGUACAGAGAAAUGGAAAAUGUGCCAUACAUAUAGCCAUAAAGUUUGUAUAUUUAUGUUAAUUUUCCUUAUACAUGCUUGUAAAGCAUUCAUUAGAAUACAAUUUAAGGUCAAAUUAACGGCUAUAUCUUCAUUUUGUUUGGUGUUGUGGCAAUUCAUUCAUAAGAUUUUUGACUGCAAGAUGUUUUUGAGAAAGUGGGAAUCAACAUAAAUACAAAUGUCUGUAAUACAUUUUAUUCUGUAUAAAACAUUAUGGCUUUGCCCACAGUCAUCCAGAAGAUGUUGGAGAGACUUGAAAAGGAGUUAUCCAAUAAAUAUUUGUCAGUGAUACAAGAGGAUCCUGUUUUGUCCGGAAAUUAAAAAACAAGUCAAUCCUAUAGACGCACUAUGAAAACCCAGAAUGCUUUGCUGUACUGAGAAAGAACAGCAUGAUUAAACUUUUGUUUUGCCUUGGCU